AAUUGAGAUGAUGUAACGUAUGAAAAGGACAAAAAAUGAGUGCUCCGACCCAAUUACUAGACAGCGACGUCACCUUAUGCAAUGCAAAAACGAAACACCAUAUUAUUAUUAGAACAGAAGUUGGACAACGAGGGCAAGACGAAGAAUGCGUAAAUAAUGGCACUUUUAGUAGUUUACCACCCAAUACAGUUUUACAUUUAAGCUUUAUUCCUAGGUCUCGAUUAUCAAAGGCAGGGUAUUUGACGUGUGUGUGCGGUCAUGGAAGUAUGUAUGAUAAUCAUACGACCAGCUCCAUUUCUGAGGUUUCAACAAGGUGUCACUUUCGCACGAAGAGAGAAAUGAUAGCGUGGAUUAAGGGUAAGAAAGACGCGAUUGGGUACAAGAGAAACGACAAAUUGGAGUUUAUUGGUCAACUGAAAUCAAUGGAGUUAAUAAGUCCAGUUUUAGAGACGGUGUAUUUAGCGGUAGAGUGUAAGAGUGGCGACGUGCUUCCAGCUCACAGUGACGCGUUAAAGAAAGAUGGAACUUUGGAAUAUGUUGUAGUCCGGUUAGAAUACCCUGUUAACAAUUACUAUGUUGUACAUCCAAAGAGGGCUGAAUCAUGUAGCUCCGUUUCUGGUGCUGGAGUUCCUAAGUCAAUGGUUUCUGAGUUUGCAGAGCAGCCUAUUCCUAUUAUCUUUAAGAAAGGAUGGUUAAAAAGAUCAGACCGCGUGUUACACUUUAUACAUGACUUUGAGUGUAGUGAUUCGGACCCUCGAGGAUACGAUGGAUUCGCUAGACAAGUAUGCGAGGACAGCGUUGGCGAUUAUAUAUCAGAAAUGGCGUCCUUGAAAAGGAUGAAUAAGAAUCGUUAUCAUCAAAAUCAAUUAGUAUUUGGAAUUUCAGAGGGUCGACGAUUUGGACGAGUUAUAAACAUUGUUACCAACAGAGUUAGAUGUUUCGACGAUUUAGAGUUAUAUUUCAAAGGUGCAUGUGAGUUAGGGGAUUAUGAUACUGUGUUGCUUGGCAGCGGGAUUUAUGGAUACGGUCGAGAAGACGUGAAAGGUCGUCUAUUUAAUCUUCAAAAUCUAUUAAUUGAGAGAAGGAUUAGGCUUUAUGUAUGGCUGGGGGAGAAUGAACGAGGGUUUGAAGACUACGUAGAUGAUCAGGAUGAUAAGUCGGUUGCAACUAGUAUAAAUAUUCAAGACGAUAUAGAACUCGAAUCAGAUGAUACGACCUUAGAUGAUGUGAAUGACAACACUACUUACCUGCAGGAGUUUAUGGCGGAGGGAGGGGUUAAAGAUAUUAAUGACUACGCUAUGGAUAGUUUAACACUAUCAGGUCGAAGUAGCCAGAGGUUGAGUACAUCUAAUAAAGGGGUAGGUGGAAAGGUGUUAGAGUCUAUGACGGUUAGUGAUCACCAGGUGAAGGAUCCGAUGUUACACUCGCGGGUGUCAGCAUUAUCACUUAUUGAUUUUGAGCUAUUAAAGUUUUGUUUCGAAUCAGGGGAUUCUGAUUUGCGUCAAGCGGCUAAAUCAAUUAUGUUAAAGCAUUUACAUAGGUUGUGACACUGCGGGAUGUGAUUGGGGAGGUGCGUAAUUGCUACUGCUCAUUUAUAUAAAGGUUCAAAAAAAAAAAAGAAAAAAAUGUAGGUCGCGACUUUUAAUUAAUGUGAGUAUCCUUAAAUUGACAUUUGCCUGAAUAGAUUUACCGGAAUUAGACCCCUAUUUUUGGGCGUAUGAUACGCGGAGUUAUCACACCUACAUAUCACAGUAGCCAACUAAUAGGGCCUAGGAUUAAUCGUUUUGUAAAAAGGGUGAUUGUAUAUUUAAUUGUGCGUUAGUGUAAAUGAUGGCCGAUAUCGAAAGAAUUAAAAAAUAGAAAUACUAGUAUAUUUCUAUUUGUUUAAUUCUUUCUUUCCUUGGAGGGAGACAGUGUAGCGUUCUAAAUUUGCAGAAAUUGUGGAUUAUGUUUAUGAACAAUUUAUUCUUUUUGAAUGAGGCGGGAACGGUUGGGUGGUGUGGCCGAUGGAGGACACUGUGUCUGUUGUGGGAGCGCAUGCGUGUAUACACAACUUGUGAUGGGAGGGAUUUUUGAGCGGGACCAAGAAAAGAGGCGAGUGGCGGUCGUGGAAAAGAAAACGUUCCCACGGACAUAAUAAUUUACGUGUGAUUAGAGACUUAUUUAAGUCAGUGGGGCUGGUUAGCGAGAAUAAUUUUAGGAUUUUGGUUACCUACCUAUACUACGUGCAAUUAUUCCGGUACAAACCUAAUUAGGCAAUAACUUAAUCUACAUUUCAAUGGUUGUCUAAAAUUCUUUCAAGAGCCGUUUGUCACCUUAAGGCUCUUACCCCUAAGUACUGGAAAUUGGAAAAAAUAUAUAGUAGCCGCCCCUGACGUCACGUGGGACGCAAAUUUAUUACCUGCACAAGUAACUGCGGAAUAACAAGCGCUGUUCCUGAUGAUAAGAUUUUAAUUCUAUGGUGA